AUGAAGUUUUUAUGUUGCCAUGGUUUCGGUACAAGCCCGGAGAUUAUGAAGCACCAGUUGGCGAAAAUCAAAAAGCAUUGCCAUCCCAGCUGGGAGUUCCAUUUUGUUGCGGGGACAUUUGAAGGGCCACCUGAUCCAAGCAUCGCAGCUGCGUUCCCUGGUCCCUAUCUGUGCUAUAGUCUUGAUUUUGAUACCGCAAGCAUGGUGACUGCACAUAAGCUGAUUGACGACGCAUUCGAAAAAUACGGGCCCUUCGAUGGGGUUCUUGGAUUCAGUACUGGGGCAGCUCUAUUGGCAGCGUACUUACUUGAAAAAGCAGCCCUGUCUCCCGAAACGCCGCUUCCAGUUCAAUUCGCCAUUUUCUGUUCUCCCAUACCUCCUCUUUCUGCGGACCCAAUAUACACCGAGGCAAUUUUUGGAUCAUUAUCACCAGACGACCAGGAGCGAAUUAGGUCCAGUGACGACACCCAGAUACUUCAGCUUUCGGAGCCCAUUCGAUCCUUGGUCACCUUAGCAGCUCAAUGCUUUGAUAUCCUGAAGCCCGUUCACGGACGACCCCGUUCCGACUUUUUUGAUCGUGACAUUAUCAAUGUUCCAUGUAUAAUUCGACCUGAUCUUUACAACAAGUGCCUAGCCAUCCCAACGCUUCACUGCUGGAGCAAAAACGACCCAUUGGUAUUCAAAGAGUCAGCGAGACUGGUUGAAUCCUUUUGUCAUCCAAGGCUGCGAACUUCUUACCAUCAUAGCGCGGUUCAUAAUUUGCCUCGAUCCACUGCUGAGGUAAGGGCGAUGGUGUCUGCGAUGGAGAUAAUGAUAUCGCAGAGUCAGCAACCGAGGCUAUGA